GCGGGGGUCCUUCUGGGGGCCGCGGCCUCCUGAUUGCCGCGAUAUCGUCACGUUUAGCCUUCCUGCAGAGCGGAGGAGCCGCGAUGUCCGAGGGCCCGUGAACGCGUCACAGAUGCACCUGCGUCUGACCGACGCUCGCUCAGCGCCGCGCUCUGAUUGGCCCGCUGCUCGCCAGGAGGCGGGCCCUCUGCGCCGGAGCCCCGGCGGAUGAUUAGGCGGCGCACCUGACUGUCAGCACCCAGCGCGCCCUACCUGCCACUUCCUGCUGUCGGGAUCUAUUCCUCCUUUAUUCUCUCUCUCCCUCCCUCCGCCAGACCCCCCGCGGAGCAUGUGGCACGUCGCGGCCACGCGUGCAUGAUUGCGGCUCAUGUGUCCCGCGCGGCGCGUGCACCCCGCGGACCAGACGCGGCGACCUUGGCUUCAUGUUCGGCUCAAGACGAGCAGCAGGAGGAGUAUCCCUCCGCCGGAGCCUCCGCGGACGGACUGCUUUUAAUGGGGAUUACUGCCGCGUUUAAAUAGAGAAGAAGAAGGAGAAAAGGAAGAAGAAGAAGAAGAAGAAGGAGGAGAAGAAGGAGGAGGAGGAGAAGAAGGAGGAGGAGGAGGGACUCUGUGGAGGAAGGCAUGGACGAGGGGUUAUGUGUGCCCUCCAGCUGAAGGCCUCUGGUGCCCCGGCCUGUGCAGCCCGCCGGCCCGUCUGUGAGGAUGUACCGCAGGAACGGGCUUUCAGACGGCACCAGCAUCCACUCGCUCACGUCGGAGGCCAGCAGCAGCUCCGACUCUCUGGACGUGUCGUGUGUGGACUACGCCAAGAGCUACGACGCCAUCGUCUUCGAUGUCCUGAAGGUGACGCCCGAGGAGUUCGCUAGCCAGAUCACCCUGAUGGACGCCCCGGUCUUCAAGGCGAUACAUCCAGAGGAGCUGACCAGCUGUGGCUGGAACGGGAAGGAGAAGCACCGCCUGUCCCCCAAUGUGGUCGCCUUCACACGCAGGUUCAACCAGGUGAGCUUCUGGCUGGUGAGGGAGAUCCUCACGGCCCACACGCUGAAGACCAGAGCCCAGAUCCUGAGCCACUUCGUCAAGAUAGCAAAGAAACUCUUCGAGCUGAACAACCUCCACUCGGUGGUGUCGGUGGUGUCGGCGCUGCAGAGCGCCCCCAUCUUCAGACUCAGCAAGACCUGGGCGCUGAUCAGUCGGAAGGACAAGGCCACGUUUGAGAAGCUCAACUAUCUGACCUCCAAGGAGGCGAACUACACCUGCAUGAGGGAAUACAUCCGCUCCCUGAAGAUGGUGCCCUGCAUCCCGUACUUCGGGAUCUACCUGCUGGACAUGAUCUACAUCGACUCGGCCUCCCCGGCCUCGGACAGCAUCCUGGAGACGGAGCAGCGGACCAACCAGAUGAACAACCUGCUGAGGCUCAUCUCCGACCUGCAGAUGUCCUGCAACUACGACUCCUUGGUGACGCUGCCUCACAUCCAGAAGUAUCUGCUCUCCGUCCGCUACAUCGAGGAGCUGCAGAAGUUUGUGGAGGACGACAACUUCAAGUUGUCUCUGCAGAUCGAGCCCAGCAGCAGCUCCCCUCGCAUCGCCUCCUCCAAAGAAGACCUGGCAGGCCUGUCGGAGGUCUCGGCCUCCCUGAGGAACCGGCGGCCCACCUGCCCCGACGCCUCCGUGGCGUUCCGGACCCCCACCCCUCCCCCCUCUCACCACAGGAAGAGCCACAGUCUGGGGAACAACAUGAUGUGUCAGUCCGGCAUGUCGGAGAGCCGCAGCGCCACGUUCCCCAUCGAGAAGCCACGCCACCUGCUGGACGACAGCUUCCUGGAGGCCCAGAGCCCCGCGAGGGCCGGGCCGCACGCCACAGCCAACGGGCUGUCAGCGGGCAGCAGUGAAAGCUCUUUGGGGGAGGAGCUAUCUGCUGGGAUGGAGAGGGGGCGCAUGUACGCCACUCUGGGCCCCAACUGGAGGGUCCCGCUGCGCACCUCCCCCCGAGGCCGGAGCUACUUCUACAGCUCCUCUGCCGGUAACUCGUGUUACGGCUGCAGCGAUGCGGGCGGCGUGGCGGUGGAGGGGCCCCUGAGGAGGAGGACCCUGCUGAAGGAGGGCCGCAAGCCCAAGCUGUCGCCGUGGACCAGGUUCUGGAUCGCCCUGUCCGGGUCCACGCUGACGUUCUACGGGGCCAAAGCACUGAGGGCCUCUGAGAGGAAGCAUUACAAGACCAGCGCCUGUAAGUCGGUGUGUGUGACCGGCUGCAUGGUGGUUCUGCCCGACGACCCGGCCAGACCCAACAUCUUCCACCUCAACGACCCGGACAAAGGAAACGUGUACAAGUUCCAGACCGGGUCGAGGUUCUCAGCCAUCAUCUGGCACAAGAACCUGGAGGAGGCCUGCAGGAGCAGCCGACCUCAGAUACCAGCCAACCUCAUGUCCUUUGAAUGAGAGCCGGGCCGACCCGCUCCAUCGGGAGGACAGAAGGACAGAGGACAGAAGAAAAGGACAAAGGAAGAGAAGAAGUUCUCCAGCAGCUCUGUGUACAGAAACAACGAGGAACCCUGAGAGGUUCUCCAAUGACGAAGCAGAACCUGGAUCGGUUCCCUCGAUCCCUUGUCCACUCGUUCCCUUGUUCCCUUGUCGCCCUCAGCAGACAGGAAGUGGUGUUAUCUGAUGAACAGUGCACAGAGAGCUCACUUCCUGUUUACAGAUCAAAGUCACCACAGAAGAAGAAGUUGUGUAAAUAAUGUAUUUAUUGUAAAAGAGUUUAUUUUUGUGACCGUUGGAAACGAUGAAGAGCGUGAUCACCCCCUGCUGGUGGGAAGAGGAACUUCAGCCCUGACCUCCAGCUGGGAUGAGGAACACAACAACAACAACAACAUGAAUCACUGAGACGCUCACACACCUGUGGACUCAUUGAGGUUCUGAUGAAGACGAGGAGGAGACAGAUGAAGAUGUUCAAACAUCCCAUAAUCACUCCUCCUGCCUCCUCCCUCCUCCCUCCUGCCUCCUCACCAGCUGAUGAUCAGAAAGAAGAAGAAAAGAAGUCAUAGUUUGACUUCCUGCUUCAUCUUUUACCAUGAACUCUAAGAAGUGGGCGGAGCCACGGUGAGGUCACCCGUUAUUUUGUGGACUGCUGGGUUUUUGGGGGGGGGGGGGGAGGGGGGAGGGGUGGAGCUUUCAUGGAACUGUCACUCACAGGAAGCCCCGCCCCUAAAGCAAACCCUCAUGCUCCAUGUUUAUGAGGGACGAGUCCUCUCCUCAGACUGUCUUCACCCGGAGGCGUCGCCCCCUGCUGGUCAAUGGAGGGAAUGGACGUCGCCCCCUGCUGGUCAAUGGAGGGAAUGGACGUCGCCCCCUGCUGGUCAGUGGAGGGAAUGGACGUCGCCCCCUGCUGGUCAGUGGAGGGAAUGCACGUCGCCCCCUGCUGGUCAGUGGAGGGAAUGGACGUCGCCCCCUGCUGGUCAAUGGAGGGAAUGGACGUCGCCCCCUGCUGGUCAAUGGAGGGAAUGGACGUCGCCCCCUGCUGGUCAGUGGAGGGAAUGGACGUCGCCCCCUGCUGGUCAGUGGAGGGAAUGCACGUCGCCCCCUGCUGGUCAGUGGAGGGAAUGGACGCCGCCCCCUGCUGGUCAGUGGAGGGAAUGGACGUCGCCCCCUGCUGGUCAGUGGAGGGAAUGGACGUCGCCCCCUGCUGGUCAGUGGAGGGAAUGGACGUCGCCCCCUGCUGGUCAAUGGAGGGAAUGCACGUCGCCCCCUGCUGGUCAGUGGAGGGAAUGCACGUCGCCCCCUGCUGGUCAGUGGAGGGAAUGCACGUCGCCCCCUGCUGGUCAGUAGAGGGAAUGCAGCUGUAAGACACUUUUCCAACCCAUAAUUCUGCGGCCUCGUCCAUAACUCACUGAUUAUCGGACCAAAGCCAUGAAGGAAGAUCCAGUUGUAUUAAAUCAAACUUUUCCUUCAAGAGUAGAACAAAACAAAAAGUAAAUGUGGCUGAACAUUUACGACUAGAUGCCAUAACUCUGAUGUGAAUCCUAGUGACCGUCAGACAUUUGUAAUAUUAUCAAGAAACAAUUAAUUAAUUCUCCAGUAUUAUUAUUGUUAUUGUCCGUCUGCAGCUGAAUGCAGCGCUGAAGGUUUUUUACAAGAUAAUUCGUGGUGCCACUUCCUGUCUGGAUCCCGAUGCUGAACGUCUUCACAGCUCAGCGUUCAGUGGAUCUGUGUGCUAAAAGAUCAAUGAUCAGAAUCAUUGAUCCGGGGUGAACGACUGAUAUCAGCUGUUGCAGCUCCAUAUUGAUGAGGUAGCUCUUGUGAUCUGGAUUACACCAACAAGGGUUUGAUCUUUUACUUUUAAAGUGGAUGGAAGCCAACGGCAUGCUGGGUGAUGAUCACCAGCGCACCAGAGCCUGUUGCAGUAGCUUCCUCGAGCCACCAGGGGGUGCACAGCCUUCCUCACACACACACUGUACACACACACUGUCCUCUGCUGUGAAUAACUGAGCCUGUGUUCAUGUCUAUUGUAUUCUAUUGUUGCACAUCAGCUGAACGGCAUUGAUUGAACUUGUCACGGUGUAUUUAACUUUUUAUUAUUUUGUAUAACUCCAGGAUAAUUGAAGGUAAAGAGUAGAUAACGGUAGAAAUAAACAGCUGAACGUGA